AUGCUAGCGCCGGCCUUUACUCACAUCCUGAAGCCAAGCAACACGAUGCUGGAUAUAGUGAAGGAGCCUCACAAUAAGGACGCUGCUGCGCUACAGUCGCAAUCGAGCACCCAGUCAUCAAGCACUCAGUCAUCCGGCAACCAGCUAUCCAGCACACAGCCAUCCGACACUCAGUCAUCCACAACCACCGCUCCCGUACGCCAUCCCUCUCACCCCUCCCCACCCCAAAUUGACAACCCCUCCCACCAGCCCAACACAAAGAAAUGGAUCCUCCUCGACCUCGACAACACUCUAAUCGACACCGAGCACCUCGCCUUCGAAGCCGCCAUUCCUGUCGCGAACCGCAUCCUUCUUUCCAAAGGCAUCAUCGAGACCUACUCCGUCGAGAAGCUCGUGAGCCAAUGGUUCGGGCAGACCUUCAAGGCCAUGAUCACCAAGUUGGGCGAAAAGCACAACUUCGAGAUCACUGCUGAAGAUCGCAAGUUGUGGGCUGCAUGGGAGGAAGAGGCGAUCAUUGCCGCGGUUGCGAGGGAGGGCCAGCCGUGCAAGGGAGCUAUUGCUGUCAUCGAGAAGGUGCUGGCGGAUGGAGUGUACAACUUGGCGAUCGUCUCGUCGAGCUCGCUGAAGCGCAUGCUAGGCUGUCUUGACGGCGUCAACAUGCGACAAUACUUCAAGGACGAGCACAUCUUUUCCGCCAAUACCAGCCUUCCAGUCCCAACCCCGAAGCCGGCGUCCGAUGUCUACGAGUUCGCGCUCAAGAAGUUGGGCAUCACGGCUGAGGAGGCGGUUGCGGUUGAGGAUUCACGUGGUGGAUUGCUGGCUGCCAGCGGUGCUGGUAUCGACACUAUCGGCUACUUGGGAUGCAUCAAUAUGCCGGCUCAGCAGGCGCAAUUGGCUGCUGAUUUCGAGGCGGAAGGUGCUGCGGGUGUCAUGUGGCGAUGGGACCAGUUCUUCGAUAUCCUGGCCAAGGUCGAGGCGAAAGUCGAGAACGGCGAGUAA